CUACCCAGCACCACGACAUGCUGAUCUACCGCGGCGUCGUUGCCAUCACUGCUGUUGUUAUGGGGGCCCUAUGCAAGACCGAUGAGGAUGUCGCACCAAAGCCUCGCCCAGAUCUCCCUCCGAGUGAUAGUCUCCGCAUUGGCGUCAAACGCCGAGCGGAAACGCCCUGUGAUGAGCCUGCCAAAGACGGGGACGCUGUAGCAGUUCACUACACAGGCUGGUUGAGAGCCACCGCUGAGAAGUUCGACAGUAGUCGUGAUAGGAAGGAGCCUUUCAAGCUCACUCUCGGGCAAGGCAUGGUCAUUAAAGGCUGGGACCUGGGCAUCCUCGGUAUGUGUCCUGGUGAGCAGAGACGUUUGACCAUACCAGCUGAUCUCGGGUACGGCCAGAGUGGAUCUCCUCCUAAGAUUCCCGGCAACGCCACUCUCGUUUUCGAUGUUGAGUUGAUCUCUAUCAACGCCGAUGAUAAUGACGACAUUCUGGACGAGGACGACGAGGAUGACAUGGACCCCCUAUUUGAUAGCGAGGAGAAGGAAGAGGACAAAGAUGGCAAAGGUGGCGAGGAUCUCGUCGAGGAAGGAGUAGAAGAUGACCUUUAAGACAAAGAUUCAGUUUAGUCUCAUGAUAGCAGCCUUUUCGUUG